UGGUACAUUCGCAAUAAAAUGGGUGUGGUUGAAUAGCGAAUAUGUGAUGCUACGUGUUUCUGGUGCAGACCGAAUGCUUUCAUGUGGGUUUGAGCUGACAGUAAGCACGUUAUCUCAAUUAUUUGGAAAUAAUUAUUUAUGCUCAAUUCACCCCGCCUUCGAUUCUGACACAGGGACAUUUGAACUGAUGGGUGGGUUACAUGCAUCUCCGGAGAGAUAGCCAAGUCGAUUGUGGUUAUUUUAAUUUGACGGGACAAGGGAUCGGCGUCUCGCAUUUUAUUUCAUUUGUUAUUUUUGGACGAGAAGGCGACGGUUAAAGCGAAGCGAACCAAACAGGGAAACGCAGAAGGAAGAUAUAACGUUACUUGGGUGGAAAGAUCGAGGCGAAUCAGCAAACACAUUAAUAAAGACAACGACGGACUUAUUUUAAACACUUUACUCUAUUUGGACCUAUUAAACCAGUCACUUGUACGACAGGUCACCUUGCACCGGCGCAUAAAGAAGUGUUUAAAAACAGCUGAAAUCAGGAAUACAGCUGUGAGAAAGGCAUCUGUCCUUCUUCUGUAAGCGAUCAUCCAGAGGACCAAAUGGUGGCUCAAUACUUCGCGAUAAUAUCGUUUUGAUGCGCUUCAUACGUAAAAACACGGAGUCGCCGAGGCCUAACCAAAGCCCCAAGAAAGAAGCACCAGGAAAGACCCGACAGUAUGCAGUCCUAAGAGUCAUCCAAAAGAAAAAAUCCCUGUGAAUUACUUCCGCCACGCACUACAGCAUUCCACUCACUUUACGUGGACAUUAAAAGCCAAACGGGAAGAUUAACAGUUGUCUAAGGGAGUGUGAGAGGUCAGAGGGCAAAGGAUUAAGGUCAUUUCAAGAUGAGUGAGCUUGAGCAGCUUCGACAGGAGGCUGAGCAACUAAGGAAUCAGAUCAGAGAUGCCAGGAAAGCAUGUGGAGACUCCACACUCGCUCAGAUAACAGCAGGACUGGACCCAGUGGGGCGGAUACAGAUGAGAACGAGGCGCACACUGCGUGGGCAUUUGGCAAAAAUCUACGCCAUGCAUUGGGGCACAGACUCCAGGCUUCUUGUUAGUGCCUCACAAGAUGGAAAACUUAUCGUCUGGGACAGUUACACUACAAACAAGAUUCAUGCCAUCCCAUUACGGUCAUCAUGGGUGAUGACAUGUUCAUAUGCACCAUCUGGCAACUUUGUGGCCUGUGGCGGACUGGACAACAUUUGCUCCAUAUACAGCUUAAAGACAAGAGAGGGCAAUGUGAGAGUCAGCCGAGAACUGGCCAGCCACACUGGUUACCUUUCCUGUUGCCGUUUCAUCGAUGACAAUCAGAUUAUCACCAGUUCAGGAGACACAACCUGCGCUCUCUGGGACAUAGAGACGGGUCAGCAGACCACCGUGUUCUCGGGUCACAGUGGUGAUGUGAUGAGUCUGUCAUUGGCUCCAGACUCGCGGACCUUCAUCUCUGGGGCCUGCGAUGCCUCCGUUAAACUGUGGGAUAUCAGAGACAGCAUGUGUAGACAGACGUUUACUGGUCACGAGUCAGACAUCAAUGCUGCCUGUUUCUUUCCCAGCGGCAGUGCGUUUGCAACAGGGUCAGAUGACGCCACCUGCAGGCUGUUUGACCUGCGUGCAGAUCAGGAGCUGUGUUUGUACUCUCACGAUAACAUCAUCUGUGGCAUCACCUCUGUGGCCUUCUCUCGUUCCGGCCGCCUGUUGCUCGCCGGCUACGACGACUUCAAUUGCAACAUCUGGGAUGCUUUGAAGGGAGAACGAGCAGGAGUGCUAGCUGGACAUGACAAUCGUGUGAGCUGUCUUGGGGUGACAGAUGAUGGCAUGGCUGUGUGUACAGGUUCCUGGGACAGUUUCCUCAAAAUCUGGAACUGACCACACACUCGGCUCACAUCUUACACGUCAUUCACCCAUUAUUGACAUUGUAUGCACACUAUGUACUUUACUGUACAUGCAGUAUGAAGUACACGUAUAUACACAGACACAAAUGCUUGACAAAUACAAGAACUGUACAUACUAUAUAUAAUGGCAUUAUGGACCACAAGUUUUAAACAGGAAUGUUUACACGCACACACUUUUUCCUUUUAAGGUUUGCUGGAUAUAUACAGUACACAGUGACUCACAAAUUAACAAGUGCAUUUGGAAGAAUGCGUGUUGAGUGAGACUCAGAUGUGUGUAGUUUGAGAGUACAAUCACAAAAUUAUUUGACACACAUUUUUUACAUACUUUUAAGAUUGUUAAAAACGAACCUUCUUUCUUGACCAUUUCUGGAAUGAACCAGUUUACUUGAGCUCUAAUUGAUGCAAUGAGCUCAAUUUAAGACUUUUCAUUUUAUUUUCAGUCCUGGUCAUUUUGUCAUCUGCACUCAAAAAUAAGACUUCAGCACUGAUAAUAGUCGAAUCACAACGAGUAUGAGAUGAAAGCUCAGAAUAAGGCCAGACAGGCUUCCUACCAAGAAAAGUCCCACUCCAUGUAGUUUGUUUUUAUAGAUGCAUAUGCAGGCAUUAUACAGUAUAUAUAUAUAUAUAUAUAUAUAUAUACAUGAUGUGUUUUUGUUUUCAAUUUAUGUUUCUAUUUGACAUUUUUAAAGCUUAUUUUAUUCAUGUUUCAUGUGUGCCACACCCUAAGAAUAAAGAAAACUAAAGAAAUAAAAA